AUGUUAGCAACAAGUAAAUCAGUAUUUUUAUGGUUAUGUGAUUUAAAUGAUGAGAAAAUGAAUAGAAAUGAAUCAAAAUAUCAGAGUUGUAUUCCACCAUUCACAUGUCCACCAACAGAAUAUUAUCUGUAUAAAAAAAUCCAAAGUAUUUCAUCAACACCUAUUCUUCAAAUUGAAAAGAAGGAAACACUCCCACAUCUUUGUAUAUUACAUAAUAACACAAUAAGUUUGUAUGAAGAAAGAUUUGAUGAAGGGAAAUUUAGUAUUGAAAUAAUUCAAGAAAUCAAAGUUAAAUCACCAAUAUCUAUUAUUUGCUGUGAUACAAUCAUUUUAACACAAUAUAAUAAUCAAAUUAAAGUUAAUCAAGGGAAUAGAGAGAAAGAAAUAAUAAAUAAUACACCAAUAGAAGAAAUUCAGAAUAAUGAUAAAAUGAUAGUAAUACUCACAAUGAAUAGAUUAAAAAGUAUAGACAUUCCAACAGAAGAAGAAAUGAUAG